AAAAAAAGGAAAACAGCUGAUGACUGAUCAAAAGUAAAUUUUAUGAUAUUUUCUGGUUUUUGACUUGAAUAACAGCAAUAAACAGAUAGGAAAGAUGGCAGAAAUUCAGACACUUAUAGAAAUGGGGUUCCCGAAGGAACGAGCAGAAAAGGCACUUGCGGUAACUAAUUAUAAGGGGGUUGAACCGGCGAUGGAGUGGCUGUUGGCCCAUGCGGAUGACCCUGCGAUGGACGCGGGACAUACUAUUGGAUCUAGCUCGAGCACCGAAGACGUAGGUAUAACACAGCCCCAGUCUUCUUCCAGUAGCGAGACUGUACCUGAAGCGAAGUCUUUGAAGUGCGAAGAUUGCGGCAAAUUGUUCAAGAGUCAAGAGGAAGUUGAAUAUCACGCGGCCAAGACUAACCAUAGCAACUUCUCCGAGUCGACAGAGGAAAAGAAACCACUGACUGAGGAAGAGAAGAAAGAGCAGUUAGCGCUGCUUGAGGAGCGGAUGAAGCAGAAGAGAAAAGAACGCGAGGAGAGGGACAAGGCUGAGGCACUAGAACGAGAGCGCCUACGCAUAAAAUCCGGUAAAGACAUGCAAGAUGCCCGCCAGAGACUACAAGAGCAGGAAAUGAAGAAGCUAGUCGAACAACGUCGUCGAGAAAAGAUUGAAGACCAGAAAGCUAGAGAGAGGGUCCGAGCACAGAUUGAAGCAGAUAAACAAGCUAGAAAACUAGCUGCAUCAGGACAAACUGCACAGUUACAAGAGCCAAUCCCCGCGCCCGUACAUCCUACGUCCAAUCCCGCAUCAGCUCUCGCCUCCGCUGCUGCAAAUAAAGCGCAAUACGACCAGGCCCGCAUCCAGCUACGAUUGCCCGAUGGAAAGGCAUUGGCUCAUACAUUCAGUGCUAAGGAGCAAUUGGCUGCUGUCAGACUGUAUUUGCAAAUGAACGCUCAAGAGUUCGCGCAACAAGAUAGUUUCAAACUUAUGACUACUUUCCCAAAGAAAAUAUUCACCAGCGAGGACUAUGAGAAACCUUUGGAGCUAUUGGGUCUGGUACCCUCUGCAGUAAUUAUAGUAUCAAAGGGGCAGUAAAAUAUCUAAAACUCAAUGCCAGUGUGAAGUUGAUUCGACUAGGUGACUGAUAUGGGACUGGGCACAAACAGUCGUGAACAUUAUAAUGGUACAAUUAAUUUUGUGUAUGUAUAUGCUUUUCAUUACUUGGGAAGUGAAUAAAACAAUUUCGA